UGAGUGUUGUUGAUAGAAAAGGGAGUCCUUAUCUUGCAUUGUUUAGGUCUUCGACGUGAGAGUUACCAUUUGCUCCCAACACUGAGCUUAAACGAGCUUCACAAAGAUGAAUCGGGAAAGGUUGAUGAAGAUGGCCGGUUCAGUUAGAACUGGAGGAAAGGGUACCGUGAGAAGAAAGAAGAAGGCCGUCCACAAGACAACAACCACAGAUGACAAAAGGCUUCAGAGCACCUUGAAGAGAAUAGGUGUCAAUGCCAUCCCUGCGAUUGAGGAGGUCAAUAUCUUUAAGGAUGAUGUAGUUAUCCAGUUUCUAAAUCCCAAAGUGCAAGCAUCCAUUGCCGCCAAUACUUGGGUUGUCAGUGGUUCUCCGCAAACAAAGAAGUUGCAGGAUAUACUCCCUAGCAUUAUCCACCAAUUAGGGCCAGAUAACUUGGAAAACCUGAAGAAGUUAGCCGAGCAAUUUCAGAAGCAGGCUCCUGAAGGAGGUGCUGGUCCAGCCACAGCACAAGAGGAUAACGAUGAUGAUGUUCCAGACCUUGUUCCUGGACAAGAUUUUGAGACAGCUGCUGAGGAGGCCAAGGCUUCUUAGAGUGUUUUUGUUUUUGUGCCAUUGUUAUAUAUCUCCUGUGUUUUUAAUUUUUUUUUCCUGAUUUUCCAUUUUAAGUAUUUCAGAUAUUCAGUUAUCCUGUCAUAUACUUUAAAUAGUUGAAAUACUCUAUUAAACCUGCCUUCCUGAAUCUAACUAGGUAUUCUUGACUGAAUCUGCCAACUUCCACUAAUAAAUCGACAUUAUUAGUGGUUCGGUAGUUAGUAUCAGGGGUAUUCAAAUCAUGGCCUGGUUACUAAUUUGGCUUAAUUUUAAGUUGAUUUUGAUGGUUGAGUUCUAAAAUUUAGAUACCAUGUA